GGUCCUACUUUUAAUAAACGUACUUGUCCCUAACUCAUAAGCAAAAAGAAUCCUACUCUGCCAUGUACGUCGGCUCGGUUGGCAGUAUAUAAUUCUCGUCCCCUGUUUCUUGCACACAAACUUAUUACUCCAUAAUACAUAGUAUGCGCAUAUAUCCGCGUCUGUCUAUCUUAUAUUAUAUACUCCGCAGUAUAUAGGAUGUGCUCCGUACACAAAACGAGGACCACCUAGACCACACAUCAUCAAACGAGACAAGGGAAAUAUUCCCUCUACCCUCUACCCUCCACCCUCCACCCUCCACCCUCCCCCCUCGCCGCACACAUACAGAUUAGAUUAACCUUACCCAAAGCCCUACCGCAUACCGACUUUCCAAUAAAUUAUAUUUCAUGAAAUCUUCUUGGAACGCUCCGUCUACAAACAAACUUUGAUCUCUCUUUAAUUUAAGAACACGGGAAUUCCAUCCUCUUGGUGUCCCUCAUUCUGUCACAUCUCCAUAUUAAAUACUCGUGAAGGAUAACCACAGACCACAAGAAGACCAUAUUACCUCGUUCUUCAAUAAUAUCUUCGAACCUUCAUCCACAAAUCCACACCUCAUCCUUUCUGCGCAACAAACCUUUUUUCAUUGUCCCAAGAUCCUCCCCCGAAAGACGUCAAAAGUCAAACACCAACACCAGGCGAGAUACACACAAACAUGGCGGAGAAGCCAGCGGUUCUCAUCAUCGGGGGUCUCGGGUACAUAGGACGAUUCCUCGCAUUGCACAUUCAUAAAAACAAUCUAGCAUCUGAAGUUCGGAUUGUGGAUAAAGUGCUACCACAACUAGCAUGGCUGGCACCAGAGUUCGAGGAUGCUUGUUCGAGUACUAAAUUCAUGCAAGCGGAUGCCAGUAAAGAGCAAUCGCUACCGAGAAUCUUCGAUCGCGCGGAUGGGAAACAAUGGGAUUAUGUCUUUAACUGUGGAGGGGAGACCAGAUAUUCACAAGAAGAUGAGGUUUACAAGGUUCGCUCGCUGGCGCUGAGUAUUGCGGUUGGAAAAGAAGCUGCGAAGAGGGGUGUCAAAGCUUUUGUCGAACUGAGUACAGGAAUGGUAUAUAAAUCAGAUUCGACACCAAGUAAGGAAGGGGACAAGUUGAAGCCUUGGAGUAAGAUUGCGACUUUCAAACUACAGGCUGAGGAGGCAUUGGCUGAGAUCGACGGAUUAAACCUCAUUAUUGUUCGUCUGGCACAUGUAUACGGCGACUAUGCUUCACAAUUCGUUUCUACUGCCCUCACAAUGGCACGCAUCUAUCAACAUCUUGACGAGGAAAUGAAAUUUCUGUGGACGAAAGAUUUGCGCGUGAAUACAGUAAAUAUAAAUGAUACUUGCAGGGCGCUCUGGGCGGUUGCAGAAUGGUAUGCCGUCUCUGGGAAGCCAAACUGGGACGUCAAAUCUAUGGGCAAGAUCCCUACUUUUAAUGUUGUGGACAAGGGAGAAACAUCUCAAAAGACUAUGGCCGAGCUUAUUGGCCAGAUCUUUGGCAUCAAAACUGGAUUCCAAGGACAACUUGUUAGCACUUUCGCAAAGAUGAAUCUCGACAGUGUUGUGGAUGAUAUUAACGAAGAGGUCCUUGGUCCCUGGGCUGAUCUUCUCGAGGAAGCGGGUAUCACACGACCAGGCCCUCUUACACCAUUUAUGGAGAAGGAAUUGUUGAAGGAUACCGAUUUGAGCAUGGACGGGAGCAGAAUUGAGAAGGUAGUUGGGUUCACAUAUGAACACCCAAAAAUUACGAAGGAAUUGUUGCAGGGUAUGAUUGAUAGUUAUAUCCGAAUAGGCUGGUGGCCUGUUGCAAAAUAGACACUCUACCUUCUCCUUCUCUCCACCCUCAUCUUUUUCCAUCUUUCCAUCUUUCCAUUUUUUCCAAUCCAUUUUUCACAGGAAAAUAAGACAGGAAAAUAAGACAGGAGAAAAAAGGGAUAGGCAUAUCACACCCACAUCAUUAUCCAAUACGAACCCUAUUCCUGGAACACCUCUGCUACUUAAACAGCACCCUUCUAUCACCCAAAUCCCUGAAACGAAGUAACGAUAAACGAGCAACGGACGCAUGCGAAAACAUACCCACGAAAAGUCAAAGUUAACAGAUUGCUUCAUACCCAUUGUUCUAUGUAUUCCUGCUCUCUUGUUUCCUGCGCCCGCCUGCCUUGUUGUCUCCCUUUGCCUUCAUUUGAUGGCGAAUGGAAAAAGAUUAUUCGACGUUGAUACCAUCUUUGCAUUUUCCUUGCGUUGUUCUUCUUAGCUUUACUUUGUUUCGUUUCUUUUUUCUUUUUGUCUCGAUUCAUUUACUUGAUUCUUUCAAAUCUAUUCAAUUUUAGAAAGUAGGACAGAGGAGAAAGAUCACUUGUAUCUGUACGUACUUAUUAUUCAUUCAUGUAUAUGUAUACCAAAAUAUUUUACAGGCAGCUCUUUUAGCACAGAAUCUUGUGCAUUCGACUAUUGAAACCCUUAGCGAAGAUGAAGGAGGUAUCCUAUCUACUCUUUGCAAGGACUCCUUGCUUGUUUUUUUCUUUCUCAAUCUACUUAUCUUUCUUCCAUAACUUCCCUUCUGAUACUCAUCUCUUCGCAUGACCGAACAUAUCAUACAUAGUAUAUCACAAUCUAUUCACUCAUGUUUUCCAAUUCAAUUCGCGCUGAUGUAAUGCAGGAAAUUCAAAAGAAGUGAAUGCGCAAACCCAUUCACUAAUUUCUUACACAUCACCUUCUUACCUGGUUAUCUGUCUACAUCCUGUAUGCCAUCUUUAUCUUUCCUUGUCUGCAUCUUUAUCUCUCUCAUCCCGUAACGCCGGGCCAAAGUAUCAUAUAUCAUAGCCCCAAUAAAGUCUAUGGGCGCAAAAGCAUCUUCGGUGGAAGAUAGGAAUGAAUGGAGAUUGUGAGGGAUUGCUGAUAUGAAUAAACGAAAAAGUAAAUUAGAUGGAUAUGUUGUGAAGAAGAAUAAGAAGAUGGGACGGGAUGAGGAGAGAUAUGGAUGAUAUACCCCCUACAUACCUAGCUACUUAUAUACUCUUCCAAGUACUAAAAGAAUAUCAUAAAAGAGAUCA